CAUUUUAUUUUUUAAUUCCUGUUAGUUGCUAAAAGGGGGAAAAUAUUUUGACUUGUCAUGACCUCUUUACCCUCGUCUGGUCUAUUUCCCUGUUAGACGAAGAAAGGUUUGAGGUGGUAAAAGUUUACAUAAUGUAGCUAAGCGUAAACUGCAGGUUAUGUAAAGAUUAAAGCAGCAGGGUCAGGACAGGGACCCAAGUAUCUCAGGCCAACACAGCCGGUUACCUGACAGCCAGCUCUCUCAGAGGUUUGUUUCGUUCCAGGUUAAUAUUAUUCAUACUAAAAAUCCAGCAUUGGAGUGUGGGCUCUGUCUUGGCCUCUCCCAUUCCUUACUGCGACGCUUCCCACGGAGGGAAUGCCUACUUGCGUGGGAGGCGAGAUUCAUUUACCGGACUACAACCGCGCUACAGCGCCUAUCUCUAACUGGGAUGCGGCAGGUCACCCGGCGUUGUUAGUGGCCAGGGGCUGUUCGUGCCAUCAAGCCGUGCUAACGCGACCCAGUAGCGUUGUGGUCGAAACUACCGCGACAGACACAACAGGAUGAGCACCAAGCACCGGCCUCGGCCCCGUCUCCGUCUGCCCUCCCACCACCCCUUGCCAGUGCAGCAUCUGCCAUGUCUACAGAGGGGCAGAGAGUUGAUGAUAGUCCAAGCACUAGUGGAGGCAGCUCUGAUGGAGAUCAGCGUGAAGGUGUUCAGCAGGAACAAGAAAGGGAGCAAGUUCAACCCAAGAAAAAAGAGGGCAAAAUAUCAAGCAAAACAGCUGCUAAACUGUCAACUAGUGCUAAAAGAAUUCAGAAAGAACUUGCAGAAAUUACAUUAGACCCUCCUCCAAACUGUAGUGCUGGACCCAAAGGAGACAACAUUUAUGAAUGGAGGUCAACUAUACUGGGGCCUCCAGGGUCUGUAUAUGAAGGUGGAGUUUUCUUCCUUGACAUUACCUUUUCACCGGAUUAUCCUUUUAAACCACCUAAGGUAACAUUUCGGACAAGAAUCUACCACUGUAAUAUUAACAGCCAAGGCGUCAUCUGCCUGGACAUUUUAAAAGACAACUGGAGUCCAGCGUUAACCAUUUCGAAAGUUCUCCUCUCCAUCUGCUCCCUCCUCACAGACUGCAAUCCGGCUGACCCCCUGGUUGGAAGUAUUGCCACUCAGUAUAUGACUAACAGAGCAGAGCACGACAGAAUGGCCAGACAGUGGACCAAGCGAUAUGCCACAUAGGAACCUACUCUAGGAUUUGCUGGACCUGUGCAAGCACAUUCACUAAGUGCAUCAAUAGCCCUUCCCUUCAUUCUUAUUUUUUAUUAAAUUUUGAACCAUUUUGUGACAAAAGGUUGUCCUUUCCUUUUGGUUUUAUUUUUAUUUUUAUUUGUUUUGGGGUUUUUUUGUUCUGUUAACUUGAAAGUUGUUUCCCUCAAAUGUAGGCAGGGAAUUUUGGUUAUCAGUGCAAAGAAUGUUGGAUCUGUAAUAGUAUAGAGCUUUGUCACAAAGCUUUGUAUUAAUGUGUGGGGUUUUUUUUUUUUCUUUCAUGUGGUUUUGGGGAAAACAAAUGAAUUCAGAAUUAUAUCUCGUUUCUACUUAAAUGUAGUGUUUAGGGUUAUUUUUUUGUACUGAAGUCUUUAAUGGUGGGUGCAUGCUACUGGGAACAAGUUUUGUAUAAAAGCUUAAAAUCAAGAAUCACUGUGCAUUACUAAGACUGUGUUUAUCACUAGCCUUCUGUUUCCCACACAAAAGGCUAUUGCGUUGAACAAAUUAAUAUGUAUUUUGAUUUACUUAAAAGAAAAAAAGUGCUUGUAAAUUUCUUAGGGACCUGCCACUUUUGACUGUGGAUCAGUUGAUGUACACUUGUAUUAUUAAAGCACUCAAUAAAACACUGUGGCUGAUAAA